AUGCUUAUUCGUAAAUGGUGUUAUGUAGACGACAUUUUUAAUAAACGGUACGGAUAUCCUAAAGGAAUUGAUAAGAAAAUCCGAUUCUUUACUAGCAUUUAUUUUGCUUUAGCAAUUGGCGAUCAUGCAAUAGGCAUUUCAAACAGAUAUUUUGGUUUAUUGCAAGAUUUUAAAGGAAAUUACACUGCUGGUAUGUAUUACAAUAGGACUUUCAGGGAUCUCUUCAGAUAUGUAGAAUUUAGUACGCCUUUGGGUAUUUAUACUAGCCUAAUAACAACACAAGCUAAUCUCACUUGGGCUUUCAAUGACAUGUUUAUUAUACUAUUGAGCAUUUUGCUUGCUUCAAGAUUCAAGCAAAUUUCUGAUAAAUUAGCUAAAGAAUACCAACAGCCGAAUACUUUGUACUACUGGCGAGAAAUUCGUCAAGAUUACAAUAAAUUAUGUGAACUUUGUGUUGAUUUGAAUGAUACUAUUUCUAUGAUAGUAAUGACCUCGUAUUUUCAAAAUUUAACUUUCAUUCUGAUACAACUAUAUUAUAGCUUCAGUAAUGUUUCGAAAAGACACUUACGACUUUUUCGCAUAAAGGAAAAGUGGUAG